CUUUGCACAGACGGUGCCCCCUCUUCCCCUUUCCGUUUGUGCUGACAGCCCAACCAGCGUUCCCAUUGAUGGAAGGAGCGUCUGCAGCUGUCCCAUCCUUCAGGGACAUGGCGGCUGAAAGAGCAGGCCUUUCCCUCCGAUUUUAUUUUAUUUAUUUUUUUGCUCUGCGGUCAACUGUUAGCGCCCCAAAUGGGGGAGGGUUAUGGAUUUUGUUUGUUUAAAAUGCUUCCCCUGCUGAAGUCCCGAGGCAGCCUUCAACAUAGAGAUGUUUUUCUUUAGGAGCCUUUAAAAAACAAUCUGGACACAGCCUUUGGGGAGGGAAUUUGGCUAUUUUAUUUGUGAAAACAAACAACAGGUGCCUUCCUGGGUGCCAGGGCCAGUCAUCUCUUUUUGGUAUCAAGUAUCUCUCCGUGCAGGGUUACACGUGAGGAUAAGCCCCUAUAAAGUGGGCCCCAAGGGUUGUGUCUGUGUAAAAACCACCAGCAAACCACGUUAGAAACCACCCUGAAAAUUUUGUUGCAGGGCCCUUUGCACCAGACCUGCAAGCACUUUGUGUCAAAUCUUUACCACUUGCCACAUGAGUCCCAAAUCAUGACGGACGCCAAGUAUGUCCUCUGCAGAUGGAAAGAGCGAUUAUGGCCUGCAAAGGUUUUGGCCAGAACUGAGAUGUCAACAACCAAGAAAAAAAAGAGAUUUUUUCUAAAUGUUCAAAUACUCUCCUUAGACAAAAAGGUGAGAGUGAAAAGCACAGAAGCCAAGAUUCUGAGGAAGUCCCACAUCGAGGACAUCGCUGCCUUACUGGCCUCACAGAACAAGGUUUCAGCCAAACCUGUGGAGGAGUUGACCUACAGACGGUCACUUAGAGUGGCUCUGGAUAUUUUGAAUGAGAAAACCCAUUCUCAUCAAGAAAACUCUUCAAGGGAAGAAAGAACUGCUGUGUCUGCAGGAGAGAAGCACAUGGAACUGGCAUCCUCACUCUGUGAUCCCAACCCUUCAUCUCUUCUCCAUGAGGGGGUGUUGGGCAGUUCCGGAUCUGAGAGGAGGCUACGCGGACAUCAGAAGCUGUCGGGCUCGUCCACUAGUGAAAAUGAGAUCAAGUGCCAAAUGGACAACAAGAAGGGGGUUGGGGAAAAUGAAAGCCCACUUAUCCGGGUGGUCUCAGCUGGAGGUGGCUCUCGGGACCGGAGUGGGUCAAGAAUACACCUCAAAAAUGGGACGACCCUGAGUAAAAGGGGAAGGAAUUUGGCACAGGAGCCCAGCAGGUGUCAGAAUGGCUCUUCACUUUCAGUGGGAGAUCAGGAAAGAGAGAGUGAGGAAAAGACGGACAGCUCUGCAGUCCUGAGCUCACCUUCUGCAGCUAUGGAGCAGGGUCUGUGUGCCAAAGGUCGCCACUCAGUUUCGCCAUCAGGCAGCCCCACUGUGCACCCAGCCUACCCGGAUGUUCACGGCCCACCCGACCAUCAGUCUUCUGAAGAGUCAAUGGAGUUUGAUCCUGUUAAUUCCAUCCUGGAGGAGGAUGAGGAGGAGGAGGAGCCCCCAAGAAUCCUUUUAUAUCACGAACCAAGUUCGUUUGAAGUAGGAAUGCUGGUCUGGCUUAAAUACCAAAAGUACCCCUUCUGGCCCGCAGUGGUCAAGAACGUGAAGCGGAGAGAAAAGAAAGCGAGUGUGCUUUUCAUUGAAGGACACAUGGACCCGAAAGGGCGAGGCAUCACAGUGCCUCUCAAGAGGCUGAAGCACUUCGACUGUAAAGAGAAGCAGGCGCUUCUGAAUGAGGCUAAGGAGGACUUCGACCAGGCCAUUGGCUGGUGUGUCUCCCUGAUCACUGAUUACAGGGUCCGGCUCGGCUGUGGUUCCUUCUCUGGCUCUUUCCUGGAAUAUUAUGCAGCGAAUAUAAGCUAUCCUGUCCGCAAGUCCAUCCAGCAGGAUGUCUUGGGGACCCGAUUCCCUCGGCUCUGCCAUGAGGAUCCUGAGAUGCCUCUGGCUGGUAGUCCCUGGGGCAGGAGGCAGCCCUGCAGAAAAGUCUUGCCCGAUCGAUCACGAGCUGCCCGGGACCGGGCCAACCAAAAGCUGGUGGAGUACAUCGUGAAGACGAGGGGCGCUGAGAACCACCUGCGGGCCAUCUUGAAGAACAGGAAGCCAUCCAGGUGGCUGCAGACGUUUCUGAACUCUGGGCAGUAUGUGACAUGUGUAGAGACGUACCUGGAAGAUGAGGAACAGCUGGACUUGGUGGUGAAAUACUUGCAAGGGGUCUACCGGGAAACAGGCAGCAGGAUGCUGACGCAGAUCAACGGUGACCAAAUCCGCUUCAUCCUGGACGUCCUUCUGCCUGAAGCCAUCAUCUGCGCGAUUUCUGCGGUGGACAAGGUAGAUUACAAGACGGCUGAGAAGAAGUACAUCAAAGGACCUUUGCUGAGCUACCGGGAAAAAGAAAUGUUUGACAACCAGCUCCUAGAAGAAAGGAACCAGCGAUGCUGAUGUGGGAAGGCGCCAUCGUGUGUAGUGAGAGUUGCCAGAGGUCCCUGGGCUGUUGCACACGGGUUCUGAAGAUGGAACUGGAGAGAUGUGUACAUCAGAUCUGUCUAUGGGUUUUAUUUUCCUGGCUUUUCAGGGAAGAUACAGUUCCUGAAAGGUUUUUGAAAGGACAAAACUGACUCAUUUUGCAUUAUUUCAUUACUUGCGACUGUACAGAAUAGUUUAAUAUAAGGUACACAUUUGUCUUUUUAUGUUAAAAAGCAUUGUAUCCGAUAUUAAACAGGAGUUGUUGUUUUUUAAA